CCCACCUUGGCUUCCCCUAUAUAAGGACAAACCCCUGGCCUGUUUCUUGAACUCGAAUGCUCGUCUCGCCGUUCUCCUCGAUAGCAUUUCGACUUCGCUCUAGUUUCUGAUCGUGAUGGGCAAGAUCAAGAUCGGGAUCAAUGGGUUCGGAAGGAUCGGGCGAUUGGUGGCGAGAGUGGCUCUCCAAAGCAGCGACGUGGAGCUCGUCGCUGUUAACGAUCCUUUCAUCACCACCGAUUACAUGACGUACAUGUUUAAGUAUGACACCGUGCAUGGUCAAUGGAAACACCACGAUGUGAAGGUUAAGGAUUCCAAGACACUUCUCUUUGGUGAAAAGGAAGUCACUGUUUUUGGACUUCGGAACCCUGAGGAGAUCCCAUGGGGUGAGACUGGUGCUGAGUAUGUUGUUGAGUCAACUGGAGUUUUCACUGACAAGGACAAGGCUGCUGCACAUUUGAAGGGUGGUGCAAAGAAGGUGAUCAUUAGUGCUCCUAGCAAAGAUGCUCCCAUGUUUGUGGUGGGCGUGAACGAGCAUGAGUACAAGCCGGAUAUUGACAUAGUCUCCAAUGCCAGCUGCACCACUAACUGCCUGGCUCCCCUAGCUAAGGUUGUCCAUGAUAGAUUUGGUAUCAUUGAGGGGUUGAUGACCACAGUACACGCAAUUACUGCUACCCAAAAGACUGUUGAUGGACCCUCUAGCAAGGACUGGAGGGGUGGAAGGGCAGCUAGUUUUAACAUCAUACCGAGUAGCACUGGAGCUGCCAAGGCUGUUGGGAAAGUUCUCCCUGCUUUGAAUGGGAAACUGACGGGGAUGGCUUUCCGUGUUCCUACUGUGAAUGUCUCUGUGGUGGAUCUCACUGUUAGGAUUGAGAAGGCUGCAACAUACGAUCAGAUAAAAGCAGCGAUCAAGGAAGAAUCCGAGGGCAAGCUGAAAGGAAUCUUGGGUUAUGCUGAUGAGGACUUGGUUUCGAUGGACUUUGUUGGUGAUAACAGGUCGAGCAUUUUUGACGCCAAAGCUGGGAUUUCUUUGAAUGAACAUUUUGUUAAGCUCGUGGCUUGGUACGAUAACGAAUGGGGUUACAGCUCGCGUGUGGUCGAUCUGAUUCGUCACAUGGCUACCACCAAGUGAAAUUUAGUUGCUUAACCCACUAUCUGCUGGUGUCGACUUGUUUGUGGUUUAUGUUUUCUUUAAAAUAAUUACCGUGUGAUUGGACUCGGGAUGGUUGUGUGACGCGACUGAUCUUUGUCUUAGUCGAGACUCGCGUGGAUCGAAUCUGGAGGAUCGUUUUUUCUACUGGUUGUGAUUGGUAUAGCCGGAAUCACCAGGCUUCUUGCACCA